AAGGGGGCGGAGCUAAGCAAGGACGCGGCAGCUCAUAUCCCCACAGGGAAAGGCACGGGAUAAAGCCCUCCGCCCCACCUGAGACCCCGCCCCCCGACCGAGGCCCCGCCCCUUCUUGCGCUAUGGAGACGUCAUCACCGUCGCCGCAGCCUGAGAUGGAGCAGAACCGAGCAGAAGACCUUCAUCUCAGACAUGUAGAAAAAGAUGUUUUGAUUCCUAAGAUUAUGAGAGAGAAGGCCAGAGAGAGGUGUUCUGAUCAAGUGCAAGAUUUUACGAAAUGCUGCAAAGACUCUGGCUUUCUUAUGGUGGUAAAAUGUCAGAAAGAAAAUUCAGCUUUAAAAGAAUGCCUAACUGCACAUUAUCAAAACCCAGAUUUUUAUGAAGAGUGCAAAAUGGAAUAUUUGAAGGAAAGAGAAGAAUUCAGAAGAACUGGAAUUCGUUCUAAGAACAGGCUGCAAAAGCUUCCUACCAGCAUGUAACAAAAUAGUUAAUUUUGAAUUAUUUCAAUAUUGAAUAUUGAAUUUAUGAAUAAUUUUUUACUCUAUUCUAAUGGCAAAAGCAUGAGGCAAGAAGGUUUGUCCCUUAACAUUAUGGAUAUAUUUUUGUUGUUUGAAAUAAAUAUCUUUUAUUACACUUCUUUAAUAAAGUUUUAAUUUAUUGAUUAGAUUAUGAGUGCAUAGAAGAAAUGUGUUUAUGAAUAAGGUGGAUGUAUUCCCUCCCUCCUGCCUGUGGAUGUGUAAGUUCUGCUCAUUUUUACCAUCACUUGUAUGGGUUUCACUCCGCUCCCCCUCCAUUGUAUGACAUGUCUCAAGAACCUUUUGUUGUUGAAUCAUUUGAUAGAUGAAUGGAUGUGUUUGGUUCAUUCCACAGUUUGAUAAUAAAAUCUGAGGGGUUCUUCCCUUUGUAUACACUUUA